GCAACGUCAUUAGACAACAACAUUUGCACAUUUGUACAAUGAUAGAUUGAGAACAGAAACGAAAGACAUAUUAUCGAUAAACUCAUACAUUCUUUUCCCCUGUCUUUUUUCCAAUACUCUGUCUUGUAUGCGAUGAAUUGAGCACUGGUCUGAGCGGCUUGCUGAGGCUUGUGAUAUUGUUUCCGGCGAUUUUUCUUGUCGAUUUACUCGUCGCUUUCUCCAAAAGGAACACUUCUCUGAACAGUUCUAUCUAUAAUUUAAUCAAAUGGGUGCUUGUCAAUCUUGCCUCGGCCUCGGACGGCGCGAAGCACACGAGUCCGAACAUGCGCGCCUCAUAGACGACGACCUCUAUCCCGGCGGCUACGGCUACGGCUCCAUAAACAAUGCAAAUCAACAACAGUCUGAUCCGGAGGAUAUGAAGCGUGAGCGAGAAGCUCUCGAAGCGAUCUGUCAACGGGCAUCAGACACGGUAAUCGAUAUCUGGGCCCUCCAAUCUCAACCCAACUUCCAACCCCGCGCAACAUUACCCAGUAUCGAUUCACAGGGUUCAUCACGAGUCGCAAGUAACGAGAUACGAACACCUACCCCAGACGGCAGCAACACUGAUAUCAAUAACGACGAUGAAGAAAUAAGACAAGAAGCUACAACAAUAGGCACAAUAAGAUCCACCACCUCGAUAAAACCAGCGACUGCUUCAUCGUCGAAUAUUAAUAAUAAUCAACAUCAACAACAACAGCAGAAACAUUUAUCGACUGCGCCGAAUAAUUGGGGUGAAGUUGUUAUUUCGCCUAGACGGAAGAAGAGGAAUAAUAAACUUGGGUCUGUUAAUGGUGCCGCAGGUGGUGGUGAUAUCUUUGAUGUUUUGCAAGUUUAAUCAAUUCACCUCAAGGGAGUGGUUAUGGCUGGGUUGAUCAUUAUCUUCAUGUCUUCCCUUUUAUUCCUUAUUCUUUCUGGCAUGGUUUAUGGCCAUGUUGUUCUACAUUCUCUCUGUGUUUCUUCUCUACUAUGUUAUACCCCUUCUUCUGUCAGUCUCUAAUGUUUCAUUCUGUCCAAUUCACAAGAAUCCAGAUACAAAUUGUAUAGUAUGUCGAAACGACCAUUUGUUAGUUAAUCUCGCACUGUUAAGUCUAAUCAAUUGCAUAGUCAAAGUAAAAGAUAUAUAAUAUCGCCAUUCCCAUAAAUACAUAAUUACUCCAUUGAUCCUAACCCUUGCCAUGCCCAGCAAAAGUUCGAUCAUGCAGGCCUUAAGCACCAGUAGAUACAUGUUGAACGAGUUGAAAUAAAAACUGCCAUGUAAAAUAGACUUGGUGCAGAGGGAAAAAAAAAAAAAAAAAAAAAACAAACUCCACCAUUAAUAGCGCCCGCUUAGUCCAAAUGAAAUCCCUUAUCAGAGUGGCGUGGUACUUGAAAUCACGAAUCAAAUGCAUGUGGUAGUUAGUCCCCUGUUGAAGUAGAGAGAGAGAUCAAACAUCGUCCAUCGUACCGGCUGGUUCUUCACCACCGGAUUCGUAGCUGCCGACGGAGCUCAGUUCGUCUUCGGACUCGGUGUCUUCG